CCUCAACAUCAACCUAUCUCUGGUCACGAGAUCCCUAAAUCCGCUUAACCCCGGCUUAUAACCGUCUCGCCUUCUCACAUUCACCCCUCCGUCUCUCUCCAAAACAACCAACCAGCAACGCAACCAUGCGAGUCUGCGAAAGUGUCGACCCAGCCCUCUCUCUCUGCUCGCGGGACCCCUCUAAAGUCCUAGGCGUGGCAGUCGGCUCCUACAAAGUCACUCCGGGCCAAUUCAUCCCACGAGGAGAAGCCCAAGGAAUCCCCGAGAUCUCUUUCUCUACAGCUACCAACGCCAACAAAACCUACCUCCUCGUCAGCAUAGAUCUAGACGGCCCCUUCCCCUCCUUCUCUAUCCUAAGCCCAAUCCUGCACUGGAUCCAACCAUCUCUCCAUCCCGCUCCCUCCGAAGAUGGCACUACUACAAUCCUAAAAGCAAACGCACCCUUCAUCGCGAACUGGAUUGGCCCCGAACCCCCACCGGGAAGUAGCCCGCACCGCUAUGUGUUUUUGCUGUAUGAACAGCCGGAAGAGUUCGAGGUGCAUAGAUAUACGUCGGAGGGAGGGAAGGAGAUGGGGAUUUGGGGGCGGGUGAGGUUUGAUUUGGAUGGGUUUGCGAGAGAAAUCGGUCUUGGGGAGGUGGUUGCGGCGAAUUACUUUCUGAGUAACUAGGGAUUGAGAGGGGGAUAUUGGCGGAUAGGUGUUUUGGGAUGUUUUACGGAUGGAGUUUAUGGCGUGUUCUGAGUAUCGAUUAUCCUAUAUUUGCUCGGUUUUUAAUAUAAUAUCUUACGGUUACUCUAAUGCAAUAAGGACUCAUGGCUAUUUUAUGCGGGAGUUCAGAAGGUC